AUGGCGGACGACGAGGAUCGAGUGCCGCUCAAGUCGCACGCGACCGGGGAGCUUCGUGGCCGUCGAUUUCAGCCGUUCGAUCGGCACGCUGACGUGGAGCCGUCCGAUGUCGCCCCUGUGACGCGGCGACUGAACUGGCGAUUCGUAGCCGUCGCAGGGGCUCUGCUUCUUGUCGUCGUCUGGUGGCUAUCGCCUUAUAGCGGGGACGGCUCCGCGUCAACGAAUUCGAUGGCCCUCUCAGGCUUGGGGAUAGGCUGGGACGGGCAGUACGAUUUUGGGGAGUCGAGCUCGUGGGGGGCAGCAGGAGGUGAAGAGACGAGGGGGGGAAUGGGAGGCAGGGGAGCAGCAGGGGAAGGUGGAGGAGGAGUGGAGGGAGGGGUUGAAACGGGGGAGAGUGGGAGGCGUGGGGAUGGAGGGUGCAAGGUGUUGACCUUCUUUGACCCGAGUCAAGUUGCUGGAGACGUGGAGGAGGAGGCGAGUCUGCUGCACGUGUGGCAGCUGAGUUGGCUCAAAGCGGGGUGGGUGCCAGUGGUACUGCGAGGGGAGGAGAGCGUGAAAGGGCAUGAGGAAUAUCACGAGAUGUUGAGACGAGCAGGGGAGGAAGCAGGUGGAUCAGCAAUGAAGCCCAUUGUGACUCGCUGGCUGGCCGUGGCAGCAGCAGGCGGCGGCCUCUUUGCUCAUUACGAUGUGAUCAACUUUGGGGUGCCUCCCCCUGCCAACUGUCUCGUUGGCCCGCUCUCCACAUAUGGGGAUCUCUUCCCCUUUCUGCUCUCUGGCCAACCAGACGACUUUGCCCGCCUAGCCCAGGCGCGCCUGCCCCUGCCUAUGCAAGCAUCCCACCCCGCCCCCAGCAUCACGGGCGUGGUGUCGCCUCGCUUCCGCUUCCCGCCUGUCAGGGGCAUCGUGCGCUGCUCCCCAGCCACGCUGCCACUCUUCCUGCAGCCUCCCGUCCUUCAGCUUCCCCAGUGGCGCCAGUCCCUCCCUGUGAAUCAAGAAGAUAUCACCACAGAUAACCGGCUUUCCCGGGCCGUAUCCCGGGUCCUAAACAUCCCCCUUACAGCAGCUCCGUUAGCAGUAGCAACACAGAAGCAGACUGUUGCCGUCGCACGAUACGACAUGGCAGGGGAUGUGGUAACCGUGUUACAAGCGGCGCUGGGGUUUAAGAUAGGCCCGGGGGAGGGAGAGGCGCUGGAGAAUGCUGUGAGGGCGGGGUGGGAGGCGACCAGGCCGUUUGCCUCGCAUGUGCAUGGGGAGGUGUUGGAUACGAUUGUGAGGCGCAACCACGUGGACGUGCGGCUGCUGCAGGCUGCAGGGGAAAGGGUGGACGAGGCAUUGGCUCGGGCCAAGGUGCUUGAAGGAUAG